AUGUCACACCACCCCUCCCUAGACGCCCCAAUCCAAACCCACAAGCACUUCCUCCAAACAUCCGGCCUCACCUCCCCCGUCUGGACACACACGCACCCACCCAAUUCAUACCCGUCCUUCCCCUCAUUAAACAAAAACAUCACCUCCCCUUCCGGAAUCACCAUAAUCGGCGCCGGCAUCGCCGGAAUCCACACAGCCUACGAGCUCAUCACGCGCGGGCACCCCGUCACCCUCCUCGAAGCGCGGCAUAUCCUCUCCGGCGAGUCCGGGCGGACAAGCGGGCAUCUCUCGAGCGCAGUGGAUGACGGGUAUAUCCAUAUCGCGUCGAAACACGGGAAAGAGGGCGCGAGCCUCGCGGCGGAGAGUCACGCGUGGGCGAUUGCACGGGUUGAGAACAUAGCCCAGGAGCUUGGGAUUGAUGGGAUGGGGUGCGAUGUGCGGGGGUUGAAUGCGUAUCGGGUUCCGCAUGUACCGGCGAAUGAACGCGGGUACGGGGAGGAGAUUGCGCAGCUGAGGAAGGAAGUGCAAGCUGCGAGGGAAGCCGGCGUGGAUGCGGAGUUUGUGGAGGGGCUGAGGAUUAAGGGCUGGGAUGGAGUGGGAAUGGGAGCGACCGACGGCGUGGUCUUCCACUCACAGGCGACGUUCCAUCCGACGAGGUACCUGUCCGCCGUACUGGGCUGGCUAAAAGAACAGCCCCAAUUCGAGUGUUUCGUCAACACGCGCGUGACAGAGAUCGACGAGAAGAGCAGCCACCUCCACCUCCAUAGCCAAGGGGGCGUGAAACUCGCCACAGACCGCGGGUAUACCGUCUUCACAGGCACAGUGAUCGAAGCCACCAACAUCCCGCUGCAGAAACUCUCCAUCGUAGCCGAGAUGGCCUACUACCGAACGUACUGCAUCGCAAUGCGGAUCCCCAAGGGGUCCGUCGAAGACUGUCUAAUCUACGACACAGCCACGCCAUACAAAUACACCCGCAUAACACCCUGCGACGACGCAGACGACUACCUCGUGAUCGGCGGGUGCGACCACAAAGUAGGCCAAGAAGACAAGCGCGACCGAUUCGGGGAGCUCGAGAAAUGGACACGAGCGCGCGUUCCAUCAGCCGGUAAAACCGACUUCGCGUGGAGCGGCCAGAUCCUCGAGCCGCUGGACGCCAUGGCCUUCAUCGGGAGAAACCAGGGGAGUCAGCAUACGUACGUGGUCACCGGCGACAGCGGCAACGGGCUCACGCACGGCGUGCUGGCAGGCAAAGUGAUAGCAGACGAGAUCGAGGGGCGCGAGAAUCCCUGGGCUGUGCUGUACAACCCGCGGCGGAUGCAUAGUAUCCGGAAGAGCCUGACGGGGAUGCUGCGGCAUGAUGCCAAUGUGAAUGCGCAGUAUAAGCGCUGGGUGCGGAGUGAUGUGUCUGAUAUCGAGGAUAUAGCGCCUGGGGCGGGGGGUGUGCUGCAUGAGAGCGGGAAGGGGAAGGGCAAGGGGAAGCCGGUUGCGGUGUAUAGGGAUAGCGAAGGGGGGGUGCAUCGGCUGAGCGCGGUGUGUCCGCAUAUGAAGGGGGUUGUGUGCUGGAAUGGGACGGAGAAGAGCUGGGAUUGUCCGGUGCAUGGGAGUCGGUUUAGUGGCGAGGGCAUGUGUGUGCAGGGCCCGGCGAGGGGGGAUUUGGCGGUUAUAACUUAG